AUGGGUAAAACUGAAGAUGAUGAAUAUAUGAAACAAUUAGAAGAGCAAAGAAAGGCAUUCGAAGCACAGUUCGGAUCCUUAGAAUCAAUGGGAUUUGAUGAUAAAGUGAAAGAAGGUGUUGAGAAUGCCGAAUCCAGUAUAUCUGAAGAAGAUGAGAGCGAAGAAGAAAUAGAAACAGGAUCUUCUGAAGAAAGUGAUGAAGAAGAUGAAGAAGUUAAUACUGCAAUUCCAAUAUUUGAAGAAAAGAGUUCGAGUAAAGGGCCUCGUGUGAUUAAAUUCAAUGGACCAAGCGAUACAUAUAUUGAACCAAGUAAACAAGAACAAAAAAUGAUUAGAAGUGGGAAGACAUUACGUCAAUUGAAUAUUGCUGAACAACGUAAGCAAUUAUUAGAAGAACAAAAGAGACAAAACUCAAAAUCAGAUGAAGAAGAAGAAGAACAAAAUCUUGAGAACGAUAUUGAAUUACAACGAUUUCUUAAGGAAUCACAUCUUUUAAGUGCAUUUAAUCAAUCUGGUGGUGAUGGUAAUAAUGAUGGAUCAAGUGGUGUUGAUUUAACUUUAAAGAGUAUGAAUGAUACUAAUGUUGUUUAUCAGGAUGACCAAGUAUCAGGUAAAUCUCGUAUGAGAACAUUAGAGAUGAGAUUAGAUCAAUUAUCCCAAACUAAUGGUCAUUCGAAUAAGAUAAAUAAAUUGGAGAAAGUACCAAUGAAUAUUAGACGUGGGAUGGUUAAGAAACAUGUUAAACGUAUUAAACAAUAUGAACAAGAUGCAGCAGAUGGUGGUAUUAUUUUAUCAAAAGUUAAAAAGGGACAAUUUAGAAAAAUUGAAGCUACUUAUAAGAAAGACAUUGAAAGACGUAUAGGUCAAAGUAUUAAAAGUCAAGAUAAAGAGAAACAAACAAAGAGACAAAGAGGUCUUAAGAUUCAAUCUGUGGGCCGUAGUACUCGUAAUGGUCUUAUUAUAUCUAAAGAUGAUAUCUCUAGGAUUGGUGGUACUGUAAAUAACCACAAGAGAAAGUGGAAUAGUAACAAACCACAUAAAGGUCGACGUUAA